GGAACGAGUAUUUUGUUUACACUUUGUCUGUCUAGUAGUUUGCUCUCAGAAUAAGUCAGAAAAAGACGCUUUUGUCGAUAACGAGUAUUCAACCAUGAUACUUAUUUUGUUUUGUAAGAGCCGGAUUAGGUUUUCAACAUUUUAUCAAUUUUCUAGAGUUAGACGGUUUUUCGGUGAACAAAAAAGUAAACAGGCACAUAAAGCCAAAAGACAAUUUUGUGGAUAGUUGCAGAGGAGUUUAGUCACAGAAAUCAUCGAGAACAUAAAGCACACAGUACAAACUUUAUGGAGUUGCUAUACGAACAAAGCUUUCUCAAUUUCUAAAAACUCGGAGUUUUUCAUAUUAUUAUUUCUUUAAAUUUUAAUUUUAAUUAAAUAAAAGCAGUGUGAAUUGUCAAGUCGCACUGAUAACAUAACUAGUCUGACUAAGAAUAUGUGCUAUAUUAAAAAUUUACAUCGAAACAUACAGUAUGAAGAAAUCGCAUGAAUCCAGCCUUGAAAAAAUGCAAAGAAUUGAUUUUGAACAAAUUGAUUCUUCGGCAAAUAGCAGUGAAUCCGAACCAUUAAUUGUAGAGAAAAGUACAUCGUUAAAGCGAAGACUUCCCAAAUACAAUAGCAAUAAUAACUUUAGAAUCAAACAUCACAGGAUAUUAAUUUUUUCUUCAAUUUUCAUGCUUCUACUAUUCAUACACUUAAUUAUCUUUAGCAACGUUAAAAUGAAUAUAAAGAAGGAAGUAGCAGGAUGGUCUAAAAAUACAUCUAGGGAUAUAGCAGAUUAUAUAUUACCGAAUCUCAAUACAACACUAAUCGACUCGAAUGUUUGUCAUAUAAACGAGGAUCCUCUACUCUUACUUAUUGUAGUCUGUUCGUCGGCAGAUAAUUUUGAUGCACGGCAAACUAUACGCGAGACAUGGGGAAAUACAUCUCAAUUCAAUUACAAACUAUUUGAUAAAUUUCAUGGAUCCCACGAUGCUAGUUAUUUAAGUAUUAAUUACCAAGAUUGGAAAACAUAUUCAGAACAGUUAAUAGACAAUAGCAGUGCUUCUAGUCAAACACUUGUUAAAUUUGCAAACUUUCGGAUAAGCGUAGUCUUUCUUCUUGGAAUCUCACCCACCGAAAUGUCUGACGAACAGCAAUCGGUGAUUAAUUAUGAGCAUGAAAAAUAUGGUGAUAUAAUUCAAGAGAAUUUCUUAGAUAGCUACAACAACCUAACAUUAAAAUCGAUUCUAAUGCUUAAGUGGGUGAGGAAUAAUUGUAUUGACAAAGUCAAGUACAUCAUGAAAUGUGACGAUGACACGUUUAUAAAUGUUCCGAAUUUGAUUCACAUCUUACUUGGCGGGACGCUUCCGAUUUAUAAGUCAACAAUAUCAUUUUAUGAUAAAGAAUCUAUUUUUGUUACGAAAAAGAAGAAUCGCUUACCAGAAUCCAAACAUUUAUUACUCGGUUACAAAUUUUGUAAUGCGAAAAAAAUUCUUGAUCCCCGAUCUAAAUGGUAUGCACCAAACUAUAUGUUCAGCGGUCCUAAAUAUCCAGACUAUCUUAGCGGAACCGCUUAUGUAUUCACUAUAGAAACAGCUAGAUCUCUUUACAAUGAAAGCUUAUCAAUUCCUUUAUUUCAUCUCGAGGACGUUUAUCUUACCGGAUUCGUUGCCGAAAAAUUGAAAUUAAAACGUACUCAUCAUCCACUAUUCUUUUAUCAAUUUAGUAAAGAUAAAUGUAGUGCAAGAGGAAUGAUUUCUCAACAUCAAUUACCACCGCCUGAAAUGCAAGAACUUUAUAACUUUGUUACAAACCUCACUAUUAACUGUCAUACUCCCGAAAAGAAUUUCCUUUCAAUGAAAUUAAAGUUGACACAGCGCAAAGGAUGUCAUUAGGCAAAAGGAUUUUAAGUAUAACUCAAUGCAAUGCUUUGUUGGUAAUGAAUUUUGAAUAAAUUAUUUAGCAUAUUAUUUUAGGUAGGAGACUACAUAUCCUUUAAAAAAAUUAAAUAUAGAGCAAAAUUAAAAAAGAACUAGUGUAUCGGGGAGAAACCCAAUGCGGAUUAUAUUCACACCGUACCAUCAAAAGUCUUAUGGACAGACCAAGAUUUGCCAAGCAUUAGUAUGAAGGUAUGAAGCUUGAUAAGUCAAGCAGUCAACUGAGUUUUGCUUCGCAUAAGUUUGAAGGUAUAAAGCUAGCAACUCAGCUGAGCUUCGCUCAGCAUAAGUUUGAAGAUUUAAAGCUUAACGAACAUUCUAUAAAAGUUUUUAAAAUUUUUUUUUAUAAAAAUCACAGUGAACUUUUGUUUUUAA